AUGAAAGGAGUCGUUGAAUAAUCAAAAUUACAAAUUCGAUUAGAUCAUGUGAAAUUUCCAUCAUAUUUGAAGUUGAUAGAGGAAACUGAACAAAUACAUACAAAUAUUCUCAAGAUUUUGUAAUUAAUCUAAAUCAAAGAUAUUCAAGUACAUGAAAUAGUUUCUAAUUUUUUAGGAUUUAUUUUACAUACUUAAACCAACCUAACAACUUUAUAAUUGUAUCUGUGGUUUAUUAUGUUUUGUUGCUGGAGUUGAUAAAUCUAUCACAACUGACUAUUUAUUUCUACAAUAGAGAGAUUGGGUAGCUAGUUAGAGUCAAUUUUGUAAAAGCUAUGAAUAGAUUAAUUCUAUUUUAUCUAAUCUUUAAUAGAACUUGAUAAAGAAGAAGAUCAAUAUUUCUAAUAUUAAGGAGGCUUAAAAGUAUUAUAAAGAAGAAUUAAAACUUUAAAUCAAUUCAGUUGCAGAUAAACUUGAAAGGAUUUUAACUUUAUCAAUCAAUUAUUAUACUUCAUUCUAUAAGAUAAUCAAACUCAAUUAAAAGUAUGAGUAAUAAAUUAAGACUCCUCAAGAAAAGAGUUCAGAUUAAUUAAAGUCUUAUAUGUUAUCAAAAUUAAGCAAUAAUUUUAAAGAUGACGACUCAGAAGGUAAGGUUGAAGAAGAAACUUAAAUAUAAAAUGAAUAACUUUAAUUAAUUCCAUCUACUCCUAAAGAUUAAGCAAAUUCCUUUUAAAUGUUGAGUUAAUUUAAAGAUUUCAAUUCCUAUAAGAAAGGAAUCUCUGAUCAUCAAAAUACAUCUAAAAGCCCAAAGUUACCUAAUUAUUCAAGUUCAUCAAAGAAAUAAUAUUAUUAUAAAUCAAAAUCACCAUUAUAAAAUUCAAAUAAAUAAUAAGAAGUAAAUCAAUUUAUGAAUGAAUACAUGAGUUUUUAAGAUUAAGUAAGCGUUAAAAGUUUUUAAACAUAACCUUAAGAAUAUUUAAAUAGUUAAAGGAAUAAUUAAAAUAUGACUAAUAUCAUGAAUAAUCAACACAAAUCUUCUCAAUCUAAAUCUCCAAGAAUUGCUGCUCGAUAAAAAAAUCCUAUAAAAUAGAAAAAUAUUAUUAUUUAAGAAGCUCCAAAUUUAAAUUAAAUAGUAGAAAAGAUAUAGAAGAAUGAUCCAAACAUAGAAAAAUAACUAAAAGAGGAAUUAGAAAUAAUUUAGAAGUAAAUAAAAAAAUUAGAGGCUACAAAAAAAUAAUUAGAAUGGCAAGAUGAAAGAUAAGUUAUAAAUAUAUAAUAUUUUUUAGAGUAAAAAAAUUAGAGAACAAUAUGAAUAACAGUAUUUGAGUGAAUAAAUAGAAUAAAGUAAAUAGUUUUUAGAGAACAGAUAAUCAUUUAAGGAGGAAUAAAAAUAAAAAUUGAAGAAUGAGUAUAAAAAGCAAAUAAAAAUAAAGAAUGAGGUUUAGGACUAUUAAUAAUAAAGAGUUUGGAGUUUAUAUAAGGAAUUGGAGAGAAGUAUUAUGCAUAAAGAAACACUAUAAAAAGAUGCUUAACGGAUGGAAUAAUAGGUUUGUAUAAAAAAUUAAGGAAUUUAAAAAUAUUGA